ACUUCCCUACUCAUCCAGCAUUCACUUUCCUGAGGACGCAUCAUCUCGUUACUCACCAUGGGUCAAAUCUCGGCGUUGACGGCAUGGCUCAUCCUCGCUGCGGAGGUCGGAGCCGUCUUUAUCAUCCUUACGACUGCCCACGACCCUCUAACUGUCAACGUGGGCUUCUCAAUCCUCGCCGGUAUCACUACCUGGUCAGCAAUCCCGGCACUCUCAGAGAUUUUCAUCAAGGCUGGAUUAAAGGGCAUAGAUCUCAGUAAGAAGACGAAGCACAUCUUGCCAGAAAGCAUGGGCAUGGUAGCUGGGUUGAUCUAUCUGGUUAUCAUGUUCCUAUUCAUUCCAUUCCCAUUCAUGAAAUGGUUCACGGCCUCACGCGAUGGGAAUCCACAAGAGCUUACGCUAUUAACGUUCCCGAACUUGAAGCUUGCAGAACUGCUGUCUGCACUACUGUCGAUCCAGUCAAUGGUGUUUUUGGGCUUCGCGGACGACGUACUGGAUAUCCGCUGGCGAUUCAAGAUGCCCUUGCCAGCAAUCGCCUCUAUCCCUCUUUUGAUGGUAUACUGGGUCAACAGUGGAGUCACUUACAUCGUUGUUCCGAUUCCAUUACGUCCCAUUCUCGGUCAAUUGGUUGAUCUCGGCGUGCUCUACUACGUAUAUAUGGGCAUGGUCGCGAUCUUUUGUACGCAUUCGAUCAAUAUUAUGGCUGGAAUCAACGGUGUGGAAGUCGGCCAGUCGCUCGUCAUUGCCUGCUCGAUCGCCAUCAACGAUAUGCUGUUUCUUCAAUCCAGCACAAGCGGCGCACCGGCGAUUGAAACCCACUUGUUCUCGCUUUAUUUCAUCAUGCCCUUUAUUGGCGUCAGCAUCGGACUCCUGCUUCACAAUUGGUAUCCGUCCAAGGUCUUUAUCGGCGACACAUAUUGCUAUUUUGCAGGCAUGACCUUUGCGGUCGUUGGCAUCCUGGCGCACUACAGCAAAACACUGCUUCUCUUCUUUAUUCCACAAAUCUUUAAUUUUUUGCUGUCCGCGCCACAGCUGUUCAGGCUGGUGCCGUGUCCGCGCCAUCGUGUGCCGCGUUAUAACCGUGGCACGAAUCUUAUGGAGGCGAGCCGUGUCGUUUUAGAUCAGGAAGCACUGGAUGCAGAGUCGACACUGAAUGGAGUGCACAGCCUUCAUCACUCGGGCGAACAGAAGCAGUUGCAGCAACGUCAAUCGCCAGUGUCCUUAUCCACUUCCGCUAAUGAUGCUAGCGGUCACUCCACAACUGCAAAGAUUUCAUCACCCCUAUUGCUCUCUUCGCCAAAGUCGUUAUCUUCAACCAAAUCACAAAAUACUCCCUUGCCAGCCUCGCGUAUUAGCCGACCAGGAUGGUAUUGCAUCAAGCUGCUCGAACUCUUGGGGCUGACCCAUGUGCGAUACGAUGCCAGGACGGGUCAGCGACCGCUGGAGAUGACCAACCUCACUAUCUUGAACUUGAUCCUGCUCAAGGCUGGACCGAUGUCAGAGCGGAGCCUGACCAUUUCAGUGAUGCUUGUGCAAGUGAUCUGCAGUAUUGUCGCGUUUUUUAUUCGCUACAGACUAGUAGCAUUCGUUUACGACGUCGUAUCAUAGUUGCAAAAGAGUGGCAAUCUUUCGUUUGCGAUUUAUUGCAAUGCAAAAUGAAAUAGAGCUAGACAACAGAAUGAAUAAAAAUUAAUGUAAAAAAUGAUGCGGCCAUAAACGGUUUAGUCAGAGUCAGAGUCCUCCUUCUUGACCUUCUUCUCCUUCUUCUCCUUCUUGUCCUUCUUCUCCUUCUUCUCCUUCUUGUCCUUCUUCUCCUCCUUCU